UAAAGAAAGUAAAAAUAAAUAGAAAUUAAGAAAGAUGAUAAAGAUAUGUUUGUGUUCAGCAAAAAAAAGUGUGGUGAAUGUGUUAAAUUCUAAGAUAUCUUAUAUGCUUAUCAGAACUACCAGCUUCUCCUCUGUUAACUACAAUCCUCAGAACAUAGAUAAGAAGAAAGUAGAUGUAGCAUUAGCAAGAUCGGAUCCAAAAGUAACAACACCCACGUUAGACGAAGACGAAGAGACGGAUGGAUCUGGAGUUGGAGGUAAAGCUAUGAAACAAACAAGAAUUGUUGUGGAAACAGCAUUCAAUGUAGGAGAAAAAAUGGCUGAAGGAAUGCAAGAAACCCUUGGAAGCAUAAAGGAUACUACUAAGAGAGUGAAGGACACUAUUGUUGGAAAUUAUGAUGAUGUUUCACCAAUUGAUGAUCAUGAUCAUGAUCAUCAUCAUCAUCAUCAUCCAAAGGUUGAUAAACAUGUUCAAGAUUUGAGGAACAAAGCUGGUGGAUAUGAUAAAAGACUUCAUUGAUUUCGUUUUUUCCUUCUAUUCUGUUAUAUCACUAAGUAGGAUAUGUUCGUAUAAAUUUGAUCCAUAAACACUUUUUACGUUAAGUG